CCGGGCCGCAGUCCGGCCGCGGGUGGCCCCGGAGGGGUCCUCGUCCUCCCUCGACGCGGGGUGAUCGCUCUGGCCGCGCUUCUCAGACUUUGUGGUUUAGGAUCCCCGGACACUUUUAAAACUUAAUCGAGAACAUCAACGUCAGGGAGUUUUUUACGUGCGGUGUAGCAGCGUUCGCCGUCUUGGGGAGGACGGCUUUCAAGAUUCUUGGUUUCUGUGUGGAGUCGAAUCACCAGAUGGUCGUGAUGACCUCCAUGCUCAACUUUUAAUCCAGAGACUUCAAAAUACACCUGGAUCCACCACAUGUUUUGAAAACUGCUGACAAGCAGUUGGUUACUCACUGUGCCCCAUCACCAGGGGGCUUUGGCAUUCUCCACUUCAGAACAGACCGCACCCCGUGUUUCCAUGAAGCCGCAAUGGGGCCUGUUCCCCCUAGUGCUGAGUGUUGUGGUGCCAGCUGCUCAUGUUCUGGAAGAUGUAGCCUUCCACCAAGAGGACAUUCCGGGAGCCGGUCACAGUCCUUUCAAUGCAUCGGACCCCCCAAGCUUCGAGCUCUCGGCGGGGCCCCACUCAAGUGAUGUCGUCAUAGCCAGGGAAGGAGCGAGCGUUGGCAUCGAGUGUCUUCUCACGACUGACCACGAGGAAGAUGUCCACUGGUACAACUCAAAAGGACAGCCACUGGACGGCAGAGGUGGAAAGUGGUUGAUUUCUGGUAACUUCCUGAAUAUCACCCGUGUAGCCUUCGAUGACCGCGGGCUCUACACCUGCGUCACCAGCUCUCCAGCCCGCGCCACCUACUCCGUCACCCUGCGCGUCAUCUUCACCUCGGGGGACUUGAGCGUCUACUACAUGGUCGUGUGCCUGGUCGCCUUCACUAUCACGCUCAUCCUGAACGUGACCCGGCUGUGCCUGAUGAGCAGCCACCUGCGCAAGACCGAGAAAGCCAUCAACGAGUUCUUCCGGACCGAGGGCGCGGAGAAGCUGCAGAAGGCCUUCGAGAUCGCCAAGCGCAUCCCCAUCAUCACCUCGGCCAAGACCCUGGAGCUCGCCAAGGUCACGCAGUUCAAGACCAUGGAGUUCGCACGCUAUAUCGAGGAGCUGGCCAGGAGCAUCCCUCUCCCACCCCUGAUCCUGAACUGCCGGGCCUUCGUGGAGGAGAUGUUUGAGGCGGUGCGCGUGGACGACCCCGACGGCAGGGGUGAGCGGGUGAAGGAGAGGCCAGCCCUGAACGCCCAGAGUGGCAUCUACGUCAUCAGCCCCGAGGUGGGGCGGAGCAGCUUCCCGGGCGGGGACUCGGAUGACGGCUCUCUGCAGGAGCAGGGCCAGGAGAUCGCCGUGCAGGCGUCCGUCCACCUCCAGUCCGAGACCAAGAGCCUCGGGACAGACUCCCAGGACAGCGGCCCGUGCGGCCCGCCCGACAACCCGGGCCCUGCCGACUCGAGCUCCUGCAAAGACCGGGCCUGGGAGCACUGCCCGCUGUGAGCACCACCCGCUGUCGCCACGGGAACCUUCCACCGAGGACAGGGUCCUCGGUCCCCAGAAGCGUAGCAGAAUGUGAAUUAUUGCCAAAGACCUUUGUGAAAACAGUGUUUUCCUGCUGGUUUCUCGGUCUUCCUGGCACUUGUUGAGCAACACUCACUGAGGCUGAGAGGAACCCAGGCGAUGGGCAUGGUGGGAGGCACUGCCCUGGUCGUGGGCUCCUGGCCUGGGCGGUUUCGCUUUCCCUGGCCUGGACGUCUGUACCCGCCCCCCAGGACGGCGGGGAGAAUGUGACCGGCAUGGGGUCAUCUCUGGCCCUCAGCUCUUCAGCCCGCCUCUGGGUAAACCCUCCUAGGCCCUGGGCCCUUUCUCUUGCAAGGACAGGCCGAGGCUGUGUUCUGUGACCUUCACUCCCACCAGUGCCAAGGGCAGGGUGUCCGCGCGUCCUCCCCUGAGCACACAUGUGGGUGCUGGGCGGGUCCACCUCGGGCCCGAGUCUGCAAGUCUGCGCUGUCCAUGCACCAGGAGGCAGCUGCGUGGUCUUCACCACGUCCCCAGGGUGCGCUGGCCCUCAGGGCGAUGGCUUGUGUCCGCUGGCCCCUGAGCCAGCAGCAUCUUCCCAGCCGACUCCAGGCUUGAGCGCCUGCUUCAGCCACGAGUGCUUGUAAGCCGUGGACAUAGGGCUACCCUGCUCUCCCUUUCCCAAGCGCGGGCCUCUGCAGGAUGGUGGCAUUGGGCGCCCCAUCCUGGGGAACCUGGGCCACAUUCCUCCGUAGGCCUCGGGCACACUCUGCCCUCCAUGGGCUCCACUAUGGUGCUAAAGGCUGCGUGCCCUCUGUCUCGUCGCUGGCUUGUCUUUGUGCUUGAGGUGAUGAUUCUUGUUCCUUCAGGGAUGGAACCCUGAGCCAGGGCUGCCACUGUGGCCAUUCUCGGGAGCACGAACCAGAAGCGGGACCGGGUGGUGGCGGGUGGUAGGCGCACGCACGUGGGGAUGAGGCCUGAGGCUGGCGCAAGGCAGACACCAGGUCUGCCGUGGCCUGGAAGGAGCUGCCACGUGGCCUGGUGACAGCCUCGGUGUUCUUGGCGGCAGAAGGCUCAGCUUGCACGCUUGGAAGACAGCGGCAGUGGAGCUUUGUACUGUGUGCCUUCGUUUUGGCUGCAAGGGUGACUCAGAGCAGAGGUUCCUGAGGGAAAUGUCCAGAGCUUUAUGUUAAGGUCUCAGAUGCAGGACGCCGGGCAGCUCCCUGUGUGACCAGAGAGCUCUUGCCUCCCACGUCCCACUCAGCCGAGACCCCUCUGCUCUGGGUCAGCCCGCAGCCCUCGGAGGUGGCAUUCAGGAUAAAGGUGGAAACGCAGUCUCUUCUGUCUGCCAUCCUGUCGCCAUGGAAACGCCCAGAGCCGGACAGAGCGGCCAGUCUUCUGGCCCAGGCUUGCCUAGGCUUGUGCGCCCUCGUGUCUUCAAGGAAACUGUCCCAGACCCCCAGCUCUCGUGCACCCUCGCAAUUGUAGGACACCCCCCCUUCUUCUUUUGGAAAAUAGAAAUUGCUCAACCCCCCGUCUGCAGGCUGUUCUCUGGGCACGCCUGUCUCCGGGGAGCACCUUCCGCCUGGGGCUGAGAUGUGGCUCCCGCAUGAAAGGCCGUGGGUUGACCGCACGUGUUCCCUCGGGACAGUCGUGUUUGGGACCCUGAGGUGGACCAAAUCAGUGAUCCGAGUCAGGGGACAGUGCUUUGGGGAAAGACAGGAACUGCUGAAAUCCCCGCAUUUGUGCAAUCCCGUCGCGCGGUCACGGGCCGGCCGGCCUGGCUUCGGUCAGAAACCGCGGGCGAGCCGAUGCGGUGGUCAGAGUACCUGGCUUCCUUGGAAGAUCCCUGCUCGUGGACAAGGACUUAAUCAGGAUUUCAUCAGAGUCGGUGUCGUGGUUUUACUCUGUCAAGUGAGUUCUCAGGAGGAAGAAGGCCACGCCCGCUGGCGUUUUCUGUGACGUGCAGCUGGUAGUCUCGUGUCUUCCUGUAAAAACCUUCGACCUUUCGGACUUAGCUGCAGUCUCAAGUCCCGGGCGGUGCCUGGCAGGUGCCCCCUGCCACCGGGCUUAUCAUCAGCGGAGACGCCUUACUCAGCCACAUGUGCCAGCGCCGCCCUGCCGUCGCGUGUGCCCUCACGCGGGCGGCAACGUGAGCUCGAGUGGCGGCCUUGUGGAAAUAAAUUUACCAAAAAUAAGCACUUCAGCACUUUGGUAGCUUUCUGACCAGCUGUCUCCAGACAGGCAGGUGUCUUUUGAGCUGAAUUUUCGGGAGGGUUGGCCUGUCCCCAAAGCUGCCUCGGUUGAGGUGACGUAACUCUUGAGUCGGGUCACGAGGGUGGUUUGUCACCAGCAAGCUUGAUACAAACCUCUGGGAGUUGCUGACCGGGGGCCUCGGGAGGGGCUCCUGGCUUCUCCCCCUUGCUCUGUUCAGUAAAGGUCUGUCCCUUGGGCCUCAGGGGGCCCCAGGGUGCUCUCCACACCCGUGUGCGCCUCUUGCCCACCCCCUACCCCUGGUCAGGCUUUAGGCUUUGUCCCCGCAGCACCCAGCACAGCCCCUGCUUUCCAGAGCCGGCCAGCCUGGUGCUAGCCUCCUCCACACACCAGCAGCUGGACACAGCGUCAUCUUUCCUGGGUCACCAGCGAGGGAGCCAGUCUGUCCCCUCCGAGGCCGGGAUGCAGACAGCGCCCAGCCCGCUCGGCUCCUAGCUCCUCAGCGGGCGCUUCCAGUGUGAUGGUGCUCUUCAGAAGAAAUCGUACUUGAAUGUCAAUUGAGUUCAUUGAUGUAUGUCAUCGCGGGGAUGCCUGUGUGGGUGUAUGUUCAUCUUCACGGUGACCGGAUUUGAUGUCCUGAUUUCAGUGGGAGUAAAGGCACUGUGUCCCACCCCGGCUGGCCAUCUUGAGUUUAUAAACACUUCCUGAGCGUCGGUGUGUGCUUGGUGUCGUGGAGCCUGCUGGGCGGCUGCGCUCCCCCCCUUCGGACCGUCGCGCCCUCCUGACUCGGCUCCAGGCAGAGGCCAGAGCACGAGCAGGGCCUGGAGUGAGAGUGUUGAGCGCAGGCUUUGGAAGAACGUAUGUCACGCUCGGGCUGAGACUUGGCGGGUGGGAGGAGCGUGUCUGGCAGAAGUCCC